CCGCGUUUGGCGCUCGGUCCGGUCGCGUCCGACACCCGGUGGGACACAGAAGGCAGUGGAGCCCCGGCGGCAGCGGCGGCGGCGCGCGGGGGCGACGCGCGGGAACAGCGCGAGCCGGCGCGCGGGACGAAGAAUAAUCAUGGGCCAGACUGGGAAGAAAUCUGAGAAGGGACCAGUUUGUUGGCGGAAGCGUGUAAAAUCAGAGUACAUGCGACUGAGACAGCUCAAGAGGUUCAGACGAGCUGAUGAAGUAAAGAGUAUGUUUAGUUCCAAUCGUCAGAAAAUUUUGGAAAGAACGGAAAUCUUAAACCAAGAAUGGAAACAGCGAAGGAUACAGCCUGUGCACAUCCUGACUUCUGUGAGCUCAUUGCGCGGGACUAGGGAGGCCAUUCACCUGCUCUUCCCUCUACGAUUUUCCAUAACACAGUUUUUACUUGGAACCAGCCUUCUGCCAAGAGUCUCAGUUUGGUUGUGUACUCCUACAACUACUAUUUUUGGCUUGACUUCCCUCUCCAGCUCCCAGUGGUCCAGCCACACAGUCGCCUAUUGUACCAGCUGGUUGAUUGUUCGGUGACCAGUGACUUGGAUUUUCCAACACAAGUCAUCCCAUUAAAGACUCUGAAUGCAGUUGCUUCAGUACCCAUAAUGUAUUCUUGGUCUCCCCUACAGCAGAAUUUUAUGGUGGAAGAUGAAACUGUUUUACAUAACAUUCCGUAUAUGGGAGAUGAAGUUUUAGACCAGGAUGGUACUUUCAUUGAAGAACUAAUAAAAAAUUAUGAUGGAAAAGUACACGGGGAUAGAGAAUGUGGGUUUAUAAAUGAUGAAAUUUUUGUGGAGUUGGUGAAUGCCCUUGGUCAAUAUAAUGAUGAUGACGAUGAUGAUGAUGGAGACGAUCCUGAAGAAAGAGAAGAAAAACAGAAAGAUCUGGAGGAUCACCGAGAUGAUAAAGAAAGCCGCCCACCUCGGAAAUUUCCUUCUGAUAAAAUUUUUGAAGCCAUUUCCUCAAUGUUUCCAGAUAAGGGUACAGCAGAAGAACUAAAGGAAAAAUAUAAAGAACUCACCGAACAGCAGCUCCCAGGCGCACUUCCUCCUGAAUGUACCCCCAACAUAGAUGGACCAAACGCUAAAUCUGUUCAGAGAGAGCAAAGCUUACACUCCUUUCAUACGCUUUUCUGUAGGCGAUGUUUUAAAUAUGACUGCUUCCUACAUCGUAAGUGCAAUUAUUCUUUUCAUGCAACACCCAACACUUACAAGCGGAAGAACACAGAAACAGCUCUAGACAACAAACCUUGUGGACCACAGUGUUACCAGCAUUUGGAGGGAGCAAAGGAGUUCGCUGCUGCUCUCACUGCUGAGCGGAUAAAGACCCCACCAAAACGCCCAGGAGGCCGCAGAAGAGGACGGCUUCCCAAUAACAGUAGCAGGCCCAGCACCCCCACCAUUAAUGUGCUGGAAUCAAAGGAUACAGACAGUGAUAGGGAAGCAGGGACUGAAACGGGGGGAGAGAACAAUGAUAAAGAAGAAGAAGAGAAGAAAGACGAAACUUCGAGCUCCUCUGAAGCAAAUUCUCGGUGUCAAACACCAAUAAAGAUGAAGCCAAAUAUUGAACCUCCUGAGAAUGUGGAGUGGAGUGGUGCUGAAGCCUCAAUGUUUAGAGUCCUCAUUGGCACUUACUAUGACAAUUUCUGUGCCAUUGCUAGGUUAAUUGGGACCAAGACAUGUAGACAGGUGUAUGAGUUUAGAGUCAAAGAAUCUAGCAUCAUAGCUCCAGCUCCUGCUGAGGAUGUGGACACUCCUCCAAGGAAAAAGAAGAGGAAACACCGGUUGUGGGCUGCACACUGCAGAAAGAUACAGCUGAAAAAGGACGGCUCCUCUAACCAUGUUUACAACUAUCAACCCUGUGAUCAUCCACGGCAGCCUUGUGACAGUUCGUGCCCUUGUGUGAUAGCACAAAAUUUUUGUGAAAAGUUUUGUCAAUGUAGUUCAGAGUGUCAAAACCGCUUUCCGGGAUGCCGCUGCAAAGCACAGUGCAACACCAAGCAGUGCCCGUGCUACCUGGCCGUCCGAGAGUGUGACCCUGACCUCUGUCUUACUUGUGGAGCCGCUGACCAUUGGGACAGUAAAAAUGUGUCCUGCAAGAACUGCAGUAUUCAGCGGGGCUCCAAAAAGCAUCUAUUGCUGGCACCAUCUGAUGUGGCAGGCUGGGGGAUUUUUAUCAAAGAUCCUGUGCAGAAAAAUGAAUUCAUCUCAGAAUACUGUGGAGAGAUUAUUUCUCAAGAUGAAGCUGACAGAAGAGGGAAAGUAUAUGAUAAAUACAUGUGCAGCUUUCUGUUCAACUUGAACAAUGAUUUUGUGGUGGAUGCAACCCGCAAGGGUAACAAAAUUCGUUUUGCAAAUCAUUCGGUAAAUCCAAACUGCUAUGCAAAAGUUAUGAUGGUUAACGGCGAUCACAGGAUAGGUAUUUUUGCCAAGAGAGCCAUCCAGACUGGUGAAGAGCUGUUUUUUGAUUACAGAUACAGCCAGGCUGAUGCCCUGAAGUAUGUCGGCAUCGAAAGAGAAAUGGAAAUCCCUUGACAUCUGCUACCUCCUCCCCCUCCUCUCUGAAACAGCUGCCUUAGCUUCAGGAACCUCGAGUACUGUGGGCAAUUUAGAAAAAGAAAAUGCAGUUUGAAAUUCUGAAUUUGCAAAGUACUGUAAGAAUAAUUUAUAGUAAUGAGUUUAAAAAUCAACUUUUUAUUGCCUUCUCACCAGCUGCAAAGUGUUUUGUACCAGUGAAUUUUUGCAAUAAUGCAGUAUGGUACAUUUUUCAACUUUGAAUAAAGAAUACUUGAACUUGUC